UAAAGUUUGAAGAAAUAAUUAUAUUAAUUAGUUUUGUGCAAAGACCUUUUUUUUAAUGUAUCACAUAUUACUUUUCUGAUCUAAUUAGAAACCAGCUCAAUAAUUAGUGAUCAUAAAUAGAUAAUCAAUAAACAAUUUAAAUUAUAUAUACUUACCGAGUAAAAUAUUUUUAUACUAUUACAUCAUACUGUCAUGUGUUCCUUAUUAAAUAUUACAAAGAAGGGCUAAUAUGUAAAUAUCUUUGAAUAAUUAUAUCGUUAAUACACAUCUUAAUUAAAUUAAUAAAUAAAAUAUUUAAAAAUUAUAUAUGCUCAAUUGUAAAUUACUUUUUACACGUCAACAACAAAAAUAUUUAGCAAAAUACUACAAGACAAAUUUGGGAAGAAGAUAGUGUAUGAAUACCUUAUCAUUAACUCGUGAAGUUAUUUUAAAAAUUCUAGACUCAAUUUCAUCAAAAUUCAAAUGUAAUAAAACCCAAUAUAAACACCAUAGAAACUAACAAAUCAUUCCAAAAAAAAAAAAUUAAAAAAAAUCUACAUGUACCUGAGAUUUAAAUAAAAAUUAUUACUUUAAACUCAAAUAAAAGAAACUUAAACCACCAGAAAUAACUGUUAAUUUAUAAUUGUACUAUAUAUAUCACUUUCCCUGGUCAGAUUAAAAAAAGAAAUUAAAAAAAAAAAAUAAUCACAUAUUAUGUGUGUAUAAAAGACAACAAGAUCAGUAACAGAUAAAAACACCAUAGCUAGCCAGACCAUGUUCUGUUGCAUUUCUCAUCUGUAGUCUCUCUGGUGUUUUUUCUCUGCACCAAAAACACCUUUCUUACUGCCUCUUCCCCACCCCACCAACUCACAAAAUUUCAACUACUGUUCCAUUGAAAAUGGCUACUUCUCUUCAGUUUUCUUCAGAUCAUCACCCUAUUCCUCAGGAAAAUCAUCAAACAACGAACCAGACCUCAACGGGAGGACGUAGAAGGUCGAGUAAAAAUGGACAGAAGAAGAAGAAGCAACCACAAAGAGGAAUGGGAGUUGAACAACUCGAACGUCUUCGAGUACAAGAUCAGAUGAAAAACAGUACUAUCCAUGGCGUUCAUCAUAAUCAUCAGUACUACUCUAAUAACAAUUUCCCUAAAUUAACUCCUGUUUCAUCAUUUACCGGCGGUGGUAGUGCUAGUGCUGAUCCUGGAAAUUAUAGUAAUUCUAUUUUGAACUCUUCACCAGUACUUCAGUUCCCCAAAUUGUGUGCAGUGAGCCCUAAUGAUUUUUUUAUGCAACAAAAAGUUGUGAAUACUGGGUUUAUUGGAUCUAGUAGUACAAAUCAGUUGAUGAUUUCUUCUCAUGAUCAUCAUCAGUUUCAAUCUCAGAUGAAUCUCUACGGAUUUGCAACUUCUAAGCCCAGUACUGAGAAAUCAAAGGAGCUGUAUCCAAUGCCAAAUCUGUUUAGCAGCAACAACUCUUGUUUCUCCGAUCGCUGCCGAUCAUGCAACAAAAAACGCAUGAUCAAUGGAGAAGAAAUUAGCGUUCAUAUGGAGGACAUGAUCAGAGAAAAGGAAGAUUCUGGAACAAAGCCUUUGCUUCACUCAUACAGUUUACCUAGCCAUCAACAAAAGGGCGUAGAGAUUGUGGCAAUCCAUAGAAAGGGAAGUUCAUCCGCGUUGUCAUCCGAUGAAGGAGCAGUAAUGAUGGAGUAUGAUUUUUUUCCAGAAAAAAUCAGCAGCAAAAGCACUAAUACUUACAAAAGUUGUUUCGAGAAUGAAGCAACGAUGAUGAGUGCUUAUAAUUCACCAGAAUCUUCUUCAUUUGCUGCUGCAGCAGCAGCAGCUGGAAAUAUUAUUAAUGGUGAAGCUUCUUCUGUUACUACAAUAUCUUGGGCUGCAGAUACUACUACUACUUCACCUACCAGUUCCAUUGAUCUUUCACUGAAGCUUUCUUGUUAGUUUUUUUUUUCUACAGAAUCAUUUGAAAAAGUAUAUGGUUUAAUUUCUCUGAAUUUUGUCUUUUCACACUUGUGUGAAAAUUUAUCUGAUGAAAAACCCAAACACUACUUUAUUUUUACCAUUUUGGUUUAUCUGAAUUAGCUAGUACUACUUGUUAUUACUUCUCCAAAAUGGAGCAAUACAUUUUCUGGGU